AACCAUCCCAUCACAUCCUUAACCUCCUUUAACCUCACCACCUCCCAACUUAUAUAUACACCCCACAACACCCUAAAAAAAUAUUUAAAAAAAAAAAAUACCACACCCCAUUUUCUCUCAUUCAUCUCCAUCUCAAAGGGCCAAAACAAAAACUGUCUUAUAUAAAGAGAGGUAUUUCAUUGUAUUAUUGUUGUGAUUAGUGAUAAUGCAAAACGGGAUUAACCGGCAACUAUCCCUGAAGGAGAAACUGAAAUCUUCGCUAUGCUGUUUCUCCGGAUCCGUUCACAGCGACCCAUUAGAGCGCGGAGAAGGAGGGUUCUACAGCAAGCUACGCAUACCAAAAACACCGAUUUCUCCACAGGGGUCCACGUCAUCACCGUCGUGGUUCAAGAUAAGGUCACCGACGUGCACCGAGUACGGCGGUGACCCGCAUCCACGUGUCAGGGGGCGGAGCCUGAAGUCGAGGAUGGGCCGCAAGCUCCUCCACCACCGCCAAUCCCAGUCCGCUGACUUCAGCUACGACCCUUCGAGCUACGCGCUCAAUUUCGAGGACGACAGCCCCGAGGAGAUUCCGUUCAGGAACUUCAGCUCGCGGUUGCCGCCGUCGCCUCCGUCGUCAACGCCGCCGGUGGAGUACUCCACCGGGAAGGAGAUUGUUGGGUAUAGUUGAUUUGAUGUGGUGGCGGUUUAAUUAGUUGGUUUGGGUUUGGCGGGUGCCACACGGGGAUUCAACGAACUAACGGAGUUAACGUUGGAACAGAAACGAAGAAUGAAUGGUUUUUUUGGUAUGUGGUGAACUGUGAAUGUUCAUGAUGUCCCCUUGUAUACAAGUUGAUUUUUUUUUUAUUUACUUUUUUAGGACGACUUGUGACAUCACAACAUAAAUUUAGUUAUAUAUUGAAUUUAAUCACUUUCCUUUAUUUUGGUUCCAAAA